AGCCGCGCUCACUGUAGAAUUCCUGAGCUCGGCGCGGCUGGUCCCGGGGCGGAGAUGGAGCUCGCCCUCUCGGUCCUCCAGCUGGCUGUCCGCAUCCUGGCCCUUCCCGUUUACGUGCUCCACUUUCUGGGCUUGUGGAGCUGGAUAUGCAAGAAAUGGUUCCCCCACUUCUUGUCGCGGUUCACGGUGAUGUACAACGAGCAGAUGGCCGGCAGGAAGCGGGAGCUCUUCAGCAACCUGCAGGAGUUCGCGGGUCCCUCCGGGAAGCUCUCCUUGCUGGAGGUGGGCUGUGGCACCGGGGCCAACUUCAAGUUCUAUCCGUCCGGGUGCACGGUGACGUGUGUUGACCCGAACCCCAACUUUGAGAAGUUCUUGUUCAAGAGCAUUGCCGAGAGCCGGCACCUGCAGUUCGAGCGCUUCGUGGUGGCGGCCGGGGAGGACAUGCACCAAGUGGCCGACGGCUCGGUGGAUGUCGUGGUCUGCACCCUGGUGCUGUGCUCGGUGGAGAGCCCGGAACAGAUCCUGCGCGAGGUGCUCCGGGUGCUCAGGCCGGGAGGGGCGUUUUAUUUCAUGGAGCAUGUAGCUGCUGACCGCUCCACAUGGAAUUACUUCUGGCAACAGGUCCUGGAUCCUGUCUGGUACCUUGUGUUUGAUGGAUGCAACCUCACCAGAAAGAGCUGGAAGGUCCUGGAGCAGGCGGGCUUCUCUAAGCUCAAGCUGCAGCACAUCCAGGCGCCCCUGUCCUGGGCUCUGGUGCGGCCUCAUAUCUACGGACACGCCGUGAAGUAGCCGCAGGUGGCAGCAGAGAGUGAAGUCGCCAAUGGUUUAAAGCUGCAGUUUUACACUGACAAACUAAUCGGGGAAAGGCAAAACCUUGUUUUUAGGGUACAGUUGAAUCUAUCCCUGUUUUUUUAAUUUUCUUUUAGUUUGUUUUAAAGUAAUUACUUUUAUUAAGCAUACAUCCAUAUGAUGAUGUAGAUAGAAAUCAUGAACACUACACCAAUUCCCAUCCACCUAGUUGCACAUGAGAAGCUUAGGUUCAUGGACAUUAAAACAUAACACAGCAUCUAUGCAGACUUUUUACAGAAGAGGGCCAUGUGCUUAUUAUCAUUAUACAUGGCUGGUGGCUGGUUUUUCUAUAUCCUGCUUAGCUGUUUUCUGUUGCCUUCCACAGAAUCAAACGUAAAACAAGCCAAAACAGCUUUGAAUUCUCCCCUCAAAGAAACAGUGGUCUUUCAUAAUUGAAAUCUGGUCUUUAUUCGGUGACUUCCUUGAAUAUUCUUCUAGUUGUCCUAUUUAAAUUGCUCCCCAACAGAUUUUAAGUUCACUUCCUCUUUGAGAAGCAGUUAAAUCACUUUAAAAUAAGACUUUAUGUCAGGUAUGGUGGCACAUGUCUUUAAUCCCAGCACUGGGGAGGCAGAAGUAGGAAGAUCGCUGUGAGUUCAAGGCCAGCCUGGGACUCUACAGUGAGACCCUACCU